ACGCCAUGCGCAUUUUGGAUCUUUCUCUAGUUGGAACUUGGUCCUUAUGAUCCACAAGUUCAUCACACGCAACACGCAGAGCUGCCGUAGCUGAGCCCAAGGGGUGAAGCUCCCACUCGGAGCACAGAGCGCCGGCUGCUCCGGCAGUUCUGUGCCUGUGUGUUGUGCUCGUUCCGUCAUCGUCGCGCUGCGUCCCACAGGACAGCACCUGCUCUGAAGAUCUCCGGCAAUGCCUUUGCAUAAGGCGCCCUGUGGUUUCUUGAAAAAUGCUUUUUCCACAUCUGUAGCAGUGCUGCCAUUCAGCAUGGAUCAGUAAAACUGUUUCCUGUGCUCUGUCAACUUCCCUGGAUAUUGGGCUGAGUAACUGGAGCUUCCUAUACGUCACUGUCUCCCUCUACACGAUGACCAAAUCCUCUGCCAUUCUCUUCAUCCUGCUUUUUUCACUGCUCUUCAAGCUGGAGGAAUUGAGGGUGGCAUUGCUGCUGGUGGUUCUGCUCAUCGCUGGGGGCCUCUUCAUGUUCACCUACAAGUCCACACAGUUCAACGCACAGGGUUUCGUGCUGGUGCUGUGUGCGUCUUUCCUUGGGGGUAUUCGCUGGACCCUCACGCAGAUACUUAUGCAGAAGGCUGACCUGGGGCUCCAGAAUCCCAUUGAUAUCAUGUUUCAUCUGCAGCCGCUCAUGUUCCUGGGGCUCUUGCCACUCUUUGCGGUGUUUGAGGGCCUGCCUUUGUCCGUAUCAGAGAAGCUCUUCCGUUUCCAUGAAGCAGGAAUGCUGUUCUCUCUGGUAGGGAAGCUGUUCUUGGGUGGAAUUCUUGCCUUUGGUCUAGGCUUUUCUGAGUUCCUCUUGGUUUCCAGAACAUCUAGCCUCACCCUUUCCAUUGCUGGCAUUUUUAAGGAAAUCUGCAUUUUAUUCCUCGCCACACGUUUGCUGGGAGACCGCCUCAGUCUCUUGAACUGGCUGGGCUUUGCUGUCUGUCUGUCAGGGAUCUCCCUUCAUGUCAUUCUCAAAGCCAUGAAUUCCAAAGGUGAAAAUGCUCUGAAGCCACACAAAGAGGCCAGCUCCAACCCUGACCUGGAGCUGCUGCUGCGCCGCACUGACCGUGGUGAGGAGGAGGAAGAGGAUGUUGAAACUCCACAACACCACUGACUGAACAUGAAGCACACAACCCCCUGCUCUGUUUUUACCAAACCUACCCGACGGCUAUCUGGGAGGAAGGUCCAAGCGUCUCUGUCUGUGACCAGCCAAAGGAGAGCCAGGGCCUGGUGGGAGAGUCCUGCUGUUCUGCUACGGCGUGGGUCUGUAGAUGCUGCACAAGAAACAGGCCAUAUCCCUUUCACGGAGAGCAAAUUUGGAACAUGAGCCCUGGUUCAGUGGAAGCAGAAUGGUGUGGUGAGACUGGGAAAUGCUAUAGAAAGCUUAUUAGGGAAUCCUGAAGGCCGUACGUUUAGAGUGUAGACCGUGAGCAGUAGAAUGAGCAUGGACGUGUCUGGACUGCAGGCUAAGUGCUUCAGGGAUGAUUUAGUGUUGUUUAGGCUUUGGCUUCAAACGAGAAGGUAGAUAUACCUCCCCGUACUUCCUUUAUGGUUCUGCUAAGUAGGAACUCCCAUCUUGGUAGGAGCAGAUGACUAUAUAUAUAAAUCCGUAGACUUGUCCCAAUGAGAAGGAGCCUUUGUGCCUGGUGACCUCCCAUGUUCUGCGUGCAUAGUAAGGAGAGAAUUAAAUGCUGGUAUUUGGGACCAAUUGAACAUAGCCAAAUGAUGUUGGCUGGAAGAAGGACAGGGAUGCAGGAGUACUUCUGGCCCUACAGGCCGAGGAGAGAGCGAGCGGUAUCACAGGCGAUCAAGCUUGAGCAAUAAGCUUAUCAGAAAGUACGUGGGUAUUUGAAGGGGGGGAUUUUGUUUUUUAAAUAAACUGUUUUUCUGAUUC